AUGUUCAAUUCUUCAAGGUUUUUAUCUAAACUUUUGCCUACCCCAUUCAAACUAAUACAGCCGAUCUCGUUGGUUCUGUGUAAGGCUUUGAAUAAUCGUUCAGUAUGGAGUAUUUGCAGUCGGUAUCCACAGUCAGUUCAUUCAAAUAAAUUUGAAAGUCUCAAUUUGAAUAAUCGUUACAAACGCACGAAAAAAGUAAAGUUUUCUAUUGACUCAAUAAUACGCUGUAACAUAAUUUUGGGUUAAACUCACUUUAACUUUUGUCUACUAGUCCUAAAUUAUUUGGCUGGUGGUUUUUCGAACUAAUAUUACUUAUUAAAAAAGUUGCCAGUCUUACCUGUGUUUCUUAUUUCAACUUGUAUGUCCUAAGUCACAUUACUACAAUCAUAUAACAAUAAUUUCGUUACUCUAAAUAUUAAAUUUUAAAAUUUUCUUUACAGGAUGACGAUGACUUAGACAAUGAAUUAGAUUUAGAAAUGGACGAUUCUAGUAAACUAAUAACAUUUAGAACAAGUACCUUGCGAAUGGAUGCUGUCUUAAAACAUGCAUUAGGAAAGUCAAGGAAGUAAUAGUUUUAAUAUUGAUAUAAUUAUUUAUUGUAUAAAGACUAUUAAUUAUAUUUGAACUGAUUUUUUUUCAUUUUAGUAAAAUUGAAGUUGCUUUUUACAAUAGUCAAAUUCGAGUAAACGGAAAAAAAAUUUCAAAAAAAAGUCACACAUUAGAAGUGGGCGAUGAAGUAGACCUUGUUAAAGGUCCUAGUCCAAAUAAUCCAGACUUUCUAAUAGUCUCCAGAGUAGAAGUAAUAUCUACUAAAUUAGACGGUGAUGAAUUAGAAGUUAAAUUGAAAAAGUUUAAGAGUCUUUUGGUAGAUAAUUAUGAGAAUACAUGGAAAUCGUCAUCAUGA